ACAUGAUAGGAAACACCCUGGUUAUACUGAUCAUUCUGACCAAUAAAUCCAUGAAAUCACCAAUGAACUACCUCCUCGUCAACCUUGCUGUGGCUGAUAUGAUCGUGGGGAUAUUUUUGGUACCUCGCUCAAUUCUUCAGUAUUUUAUUGCUCUACCCGAUGGAAGCAAAGGUCAGAUAUUCUGCGAAGUUUUAUCUAUUGGGAACAUGACGUGGGUAGGUGGUGCUGCCUCUGUCUUUUCUUUGGCUGCAAUUUGUUUUGAAAGAUACUUUGCAGUCAUGCAUCCAUAUUCUGCCAGAUUGAGGCUGAAUUGUAAGAAAGUCGGACGCAUUGUUGUUACAUCUUGGCUUUUCGCCUCGGCUCUCAAUGCACCAAUGUUCGGACAACGAUCAAACCACGAUCAAGAAAAGAAGAGAUGUAUUGAAGAAUGGCCGAGAGAGCUAUCAUGGCUUCAGAAGGCAUUCAGUUUUCUCUGGUUUACAGCAGCAGGAUUUGCGCCUCUUGCCAUCAUGUUUGUUUUUUACAGCAGAGUCAUUUACUCUCUUUGGUUCAAGAAAAACCAAGUACAAGGUACACAACUAGCCGUGUUGAAGUCAAGGAAGAGAGUAACCAAGAUGGUGGUCAUUGUCAGUGUUGUUUUCCUUGUGUGCUGGAUUCCUACUCUCCUACUCUACGCAACUUUGCACGAUAACGUUGCUUUCCCCAUUAGUGGUAUGUCGGCCACUGGCUCCAUAAUGGUCCUAUUCAACUCGGCCAUCAAUCCAUUUAUUUACUCCUUUCAGAGCGAGAACUUUCGUCGUUGUCUUAAGGAUAUCGUUUCUUGCAGGAAACCUCGUAAUAACCGAAUAGCACCACCAAAUUAA